AUGUCUUUCACUUAUGCCGAGGACGGGGACGUCCCGACUGACACGAGAGGAGGGCCUAGCCGCCCUCAUCCGGUCCGAUUUAUCAGUCCAGCAGCGCUAAAUCUUCAUCGUGUCUACGAACAGAACCGACAACGGUUACAAAAGAAAGAUGGCACCAAGGUGCCGGACCCGACCACACCUCAGACUAAAGGGCGACCCAGGUUGUUAUUGAUGGGCCAGAGGAGGAGCGGCAAGUCGUCAAUCUCGAGCGUGGUCUUUCACAAACUACCCCCUAGCGAGACAUUAUUCCUCGAGUCCACCGCGCGGAUCCAAAAGGACAGCCUCAGCUCGUUCAUGGAGUUCCAAGUAUGGGAUUUUCCCGGGCAAAUCGACAUAUUCGACAAUCCGAACUUUACCUUUGAUAUGGACGCGAUAUUUGGCGAAAUCGGCGCUUUGAUAUGGGUGAUUGACGCCCAAGAUGAUUACCUCGAGGCAGUGGCCCGUCUCAACGCCACGAUCCUCCACCUCCACCGAAGUUACCCGCACAUUAAUAUCGAGGUGUUCAUCCACAAGGUCGACGGCUUGAGCGACGACUACCGACUCGACAUUCAGCGCGACGUAACGAUCCGCAUCCAAGACGAACUCUCCGACCAAGGCGUCGAAAACGCGCCGGUCAACUUCCAUCUCACCUCCAUCUACAAUCACAGCAUAUUUGAAGCUUUCAGCAAGGUCAUCCAGAAGCUGAUCCCGCGUCUGGGCCAACUGGAAGCCAUGCUUACCAAUCUCUGCCGCACAUGUCGAUUCGAAAAGGCCUACCUCUUCGACGUUAACACAAAGAUCUACAUCGCCACAGACAGCACACCUGAGGACAUGGCUAGCUACGAGAUCUGCUCCGACUAUGUGGAUGUCAUAAUCGACUUCACGGAAGUCUACGGCUCCUGGUCGCGCUCCGAGAACUGGCGUGAGCGGCUCGAGGGUGAACCGUGGGCACAACCGCUCGAUGACCAGGUCGCGUGUGAGUGGGCGGAGAGCGGCAUGGUACUGGCUGAUGCGCGGCGGCCGAUCAUGUUGCGCGAGGUGGACAAAUUCUUAGCGCUGGUGGCGAUCAUGAAAGAAGGGUCGUACGAGAAGAUGCCGCAGAUCAAUAUGAAUGUGGAUGUUGUGGUCAAGGGGUUAACGGAGUUUUUUGAGAUCACCAAGCCGAAGGACGUCAUUGGUGGGGGGCCUCAGAGUGCUGGGUUAGUGUAG